GUAGCUGCUUCAGCAUCUUCCAUUGGAACUUUCACUUGGGAUUUGGUGAUGGCCAGCAGUGGAUCGCAACAGACACCACCAUACAAACCGUACAGGCACAUACGAACCCUGAGGGGCCACGAGCGAGCAGUCUCCUGCGUAAAAUUUUCAAACGAUGGAACGCUCCUGGCCUCAGCCUCCUUGGACAAAACCCUAAUUCUCUGGUCGUCUCCCGACUUCUCCCUUGUCCACCGCCUCAUAGGGCACUCCGAGGGCGUAUCCGACCUCGCCUGGUCCUCUGACUCUCACUAUAUCUGCUCCGCCUCUGAUGACCGCACUCUCCGCAUCUGGGACGCACGCACCCCCUUCGAUUGCCUUAAGAUCCUCAAGGGCCACUCUGAUUUUGUGUUCUGUGUGAAUUUUAAUCCUCAGUCGAACUUAAUCGUCUCGGGUUCUUUUGAUGAAACGAUUCGAAUUUGGGAGGUGAAGACAGGGAAAUGCGUUAGGGUCAUUAGAGCUCAUUCUAUGCCGGUAACAUCAGUGCAUUUUAAUAGAGAUGGUUCUUUGAUUGUCUCGGGGAGUCAUGAUGGUUCUUGUAAGAUUUGGGAGGCUUCUUCUGGUACUUGUUUGAAGACUCUCAUUGAUGAUAAGAACCCUGCUGUGUCCUUUGUUAAAUUCUCGCCUAAUGGAAAGUUCAUUCUCGUUGCUACUCUUGAUAGCACUCUUAAACUUUGGAAUUACUCGACGGGGAAGUUCUUGAAGAUUUACUCUGGUCACACCAACAAAGUAUACUGCAUAACCUCGACAUUCUCUGUGACAAAUGGGAAAUACAUCGUGAGUGGGUCUGAAGACAAGUGUGUUUACUUGUGGGAUCUCCAGCAAAAAACCAUGGUUCAGAAACUAGAAGGCCAUACUGAUACUGCCAUUUCUGUAACAUGCCACCCUACAGAGAACAAGAUAGCUUCUGCUGGCCUUGAUGGUGAUAAAUCAAUCAGAAUUUGGCAUCAAGAUUAGAGAAUCUUACACCAUGUGCAUUGAUAUGUCAAAAGAGUGUUGAUGAUCAACAAGUUAAAAAGGAAGUUCAUGAUCUGAGGCAUUAACGUGUUAUCUGAUGAAUCCUAACAACCAUGUUAUUAUCUGGUGGCCAGUGUAUUGAUAAACAUUUCUUAUGAGUGAAUCGUUUGGGCAUCUUCAUUCCAAAUGGGUAUUGUAAUGGCAAGGUCUAAUAGAUCUCCAAAUAAUAACAAUUUGAAACAAAUAUAUAUUAUUCUUUUUUGUA